AUGCAAUUGAGACGACCUAAAGAUGUUGGUCAACCAAUAGACUCCAUUUACGGUCUCAAAUAUCUAUGGAUGAAUUGGACCAUUGUCGGUAUGCAUCCACCGGCAAAUUUGACGGCUAUAUGGCGUAUUAUUUAUUAUAUAUAUAGUGUUAUAUUAACUCUAAUUGCCGGUUUCGGUUUGCCAGUCACAAUGUUAGCCAAUCUCUGGUUUAUUGACUCACGACAAGAACUGGUAGCAAAUCUUUCUUUAAGUACUACCAUUGCUGUUGCUGGAUUAAAGCAAUUUGCCCUAUGGAUACAUUUGCGUCGCUUACUCAAAUCAAAUUUAGUAUUAAAACCUCUAGAUGAGCGAAGUAAUCAUAAUCCUCAAGAUCGUAUGAAUAUUUUAAAUGCUAUACGCUACUGUCAUCUAUACUAUGCGAUUUAUACGUCUACUUAUUUGAUUUGUGCCUAUGGUUUUGCCUACAUUGGUUGGUCCAAUCACAGAUUGAUCUAUAGUGGUUGGUUUCCUAGACUCUUCGACAGUCCACGGGCUAAUUAUUUGGCUGCAUUUACGUAUCAAAAUAUCGCUCAAACAACUUUAGUUUUCCAGAAUGGCAACAAUGAUAUGUAUCCUUUGUGUUAUUUAUCCUUGAUAAUUGGCCACUUGGACUCAUUGGCUGAACGUAUAAAAAGAAUUGGUGCAGAUAAGAAGUGUUCGAUUGAGGAAAAUGUCGAAGAAUUACGGUUGUGUAUAUUGGAUCAUAAGAAUCUGUUAGAUUAUUUCGAAUGCAUACGUCCCGUUAUCUCUACCACUUUAUUUUUGCAAUUCUUCAUAACCGCCUUUGCUCUCUGUCUAAGCGCUAUCAAUUUAAUUGCUUUCGAUCGUGAUGUAACCGAACAAAUUUUUGCCAUUCUUUAUUUAAUUAUAAUAUUGUUUCAAAUAUUUCCCACCUGUUGGCAUGUCAAUGUUCUAAUGGAGAAGAGUGAUUAUUUAACGACGGCCAUGUACAGUUGCAAUUGGAUGGAUCAGAAUCAGAAAUUUCGUAAAAUGUUAAUAAUAUUUAUGCAACGUUCACAGAAGACCAAUACCGUAUUGGCUGGUAAUUUGGCACCGGUAACAUUGCAAACAUUUUUGGCGGUGUGUUUGUGUCGACUUGAUUAUAAUUCGUUUUUCAUUUUCGAUGUUUACGAUUUUCAGCAAAUCUUAAAGUGUUUCGAAACAUAA